AUGCAGAUCCUCCUGUUUCGAGGAGGCUCACUUGUGUGCUUCUUGGUGUCAUUGCUAUUUUGCAGCAAGCUUUGCAAUGCUGAUGGUAAAACAGUUGAGGUUGUCGGGGUUGGAGAAUGUGCAGAUUGUGCAGAGAAUAACUUCGAGACUAGCCAGGCAUUUUUCAGGCUUCGGGUAACCAUAGAUUGCAAGCCAGAAGAUGGGGAGUUCAAAAAUCGAGGUUCAGGCGAGCUUGAUAAAGAAGGGAACUUCAAAGUGUCUCUUCCUGAAGACUUGGUUGAAGACGGAAAAUUGAAGGAAGAAUGCUAUGCACAGCUUCACAGUGCAUCAGCUACAGCUUGCCCUCCACAUGAUGGCCUGGAGUCUUCCAAGUUAGUCUUCAAGUCCACAAGCGACGGGAAACACGAGUAUGGGCUAAAAGGAAAGCUCAAAUUCUCACCAGAAACAUGUGCUUCAGCCUUCUUUUGGCCUCACUUUAAGCACUCUCCAUUGUCUAAGCUUCCACCACUUACCCCAUUGAAAAGCUUCCACCAUCAUUAUCCACUAUUCCCUCCAAAACCACAUCUCCCUCCGGUUCCAAUCUACAAAUCUCCUGUCUAUAAACCUCCUCCCGUUCCAGUAUACCAAAAACCACUUCCUCCUCUCAUUCCAAUCUACAAACCUCCUCCAGUUCCGGUAUACAAGAAACCACUUCCUCCUCCAGUAAACAAGAAACCACUUCCUCCUCCAGUUCCAGUCUACAAGCCUCCAGUCUAUAAACCUCCUCCAGUUCCAGCAUACAAGCCACAUCCUCCACAUCCAAAGAUCCCUCCUUUCCCUAAGAAGCCAUGCCCUCCCCCUCCAUGCCCUCCUCCUCCUUGCAAGCCACUUCCUCCACAUCCAAAGAACAUUGCUCCUUUCCCUAAGAAGCCAUGCCCUCCCCCUCCUUGCAAGCCGUGCCCUCCCCCUCCAUGCCCUCCCCCUCCUUGCAAGCCACUUCCUCCACAUCGAAAGAACAUUGCUCCUUUCCCUAAGAAGCCAUGCCCUCCCCUUCCUUGCAAGCCACAUCCUCCACAUCCAAAGAUCCCUCCUUUCCCUAAGAAGCCAUGCCCUCCCCCUCCAUGCCCUCCUCCUCCUUGCAAGCCACUUCCUCCACAUCCAAAGAACAUUGCUCCUUUCCCUAAGAAGCCAUGCCCUCCCCCUCCUUGCAAGCCGUGCCCUCCCCCUCCAUGCCCUCCCCCUCCUUGCAAGCCACUUCCUCCACAUCGAAAGAACAUUGCUCCUUUCCCUAAGAAGCCAUGCCCUCCCCUUCCUUGCAAGCCACAUCCUCCACAUCCAAAGAUCCCUCCUUUCCCUAAGAAGCCAUGCCCUCCCCCUCCAUGCCCUCCUCCUCCUUGCAAGCCACUUCCUCCACAUCCAAAGAACAUUGCUCCUUUCCCUAAGAAGCCAUGCCCUCCCCCUCCUUGCAAGCCGUGCCCUCCCCCUCCAUGCCCUCCUCCUCCCUGCAAGCCACUUCCUCCACAUCCAAAGAACAUUGCUCCUUUCCCUAAGAAGCCAUGCCCUCCCCUUCCUUGCAAGCCACAUCCUCCACAUCCAAAGAUCCCUCCUUUCCCUGAGAAGCCAUGCCCUCCCCCUCCAUGCCCUCCUCCUCCUUGCAAGCCACUUCCUCCACAUCCAAAGAACAUUGCUCCUUUCCCUAAGAAGCCAUGCCCUCCCCUUCCUUGCAAGCCACAUCCUCCACAUCCUCCACGUCCAAAGAUUCCUCCUUUCCCUAAGAAGCCAUGCCCUCCCCUUCCUUGCAAGCCAUUGUCUCCCCUUCCUUGCGAGCCACAUCCUCCACAUCCAAAGAUUCCUCCUUUCCCUGAGAAGCCAUGCCCUCCCCCUCCUUGCGAGCCAUGCCCUUCCUCUCCGCCACUUCCUCCACAUCCAAAGAAGAUUCCUCCUUUCCCUAAGAAGCCAUGCCCUCCCCCUCCUUGCAUGCCAUGCCCUCCCCCUCCGUGCAAGCCACUUCCUCCACAUCCAAAGAAGAUUCCUCCUUUCCCUAAGAAGCCAUGCCCUCCCCGUCCUUGCGAGCCAUGCCCUCUCCCUCCUUGCAAGCCACUUCCUCCACAUCCAAAGAAGAUUCCUCCUUUCCUUAGGAAGUCAUGCCCUCCCAUUCCUCACAAGCCACUUCCUCCACUUCCAAAGAUUCCUCCUUUCCCUAAGAAGCCAAGCCCUCCCCUUCCUAAGCUUCCUCGUCUCCCUAAGACUCCUCCAAAGUACUUCCACCACCCCAAGUUUGGAAAGCCUCCAUCGCCACCAUUUGCUCCUCAUCAUCCUUAA